AUGUCUAGUAGAGACUACGAUCGUGCUUAUAAAGCAGUUCAAGAGGAUGAUUCUAACACAUUAAGUCAAAUCGACUUGAGUCCAUUUAUUAACAUUAGAUCAGUGAACACAUUCCUAGGUGAGGCAUGUCAAAGAGGACAUUUGGAAAUUGUGAAAUUUUUGUUGAAUGUCAAGAAUAUUGAUUACGAUAAGGGUGAUGGUGUAUGUAUGGAUUGUUGA